AUGGAGAAUCCGAAGCCGAUGGAGCCGCUGGAAGCGCACCUGCUGACGACGCCCUCGCUGCUGACGCCCGCGCGCGGCCUCCGCGGCGACGGCGCCAUGCUCCGCGAGGACGGGUCAGGCGUCGCGUACGGGCGCCCGUGUCCGCCCGGCGACAAGGCGCCCCAUGGUCCCGCUGAUCCGACAGUUCGCGCAGGAUACGUUGUCGACAGCGGCGGCCUCAUCCCACAAGCGGCUGCGUCCACGUCAAUGCCUCUGGGCCAAAUCCAGCAGCAUAGACAGGAUAACUCGGGCAGGUGGCGCUAUGCAGUGAACCAGGCAAUUCUGCAACACACCGUUGGGAUCGAUGAUGGGACGGAGUACCCUAAAUCGAAUCAACCCUCCGAAGAUGAGGUGCAGCUAUUUAUGUCUUCACUCGGAUCUCCAAUGUUCCUUUCAAAAGCGCAGAAGCAUCAGCUGACGGAGGUUUUGACCAACAUGGAAGGGUGGUGGAAGCAGAGUCUACCGGCCAUGGAAACUCUGAGCAACGACAGCAGUGCGGUGCUUGGCACGGGGGGCCCCACGUUACCUCCUGUGGUGUUCCCAAUGCGUCUGAGACACAGGAUGGCGGUUAUGGCCAACGCGACGGCAGCCUUGCUGCGUCUUCCCGACGCUCCGUGUGACGACAAUGGAAACAGUAUGCACCGAGAUGGCAACCAAACAUCACAGGAAGACGGCUGGACCCCUGGAGCCGGCCCCGUGGCGCUACUGCGCCAUUGGAUGAUGCAGCAUUUUGUGCAUCCGUAUCCGACCCCCGAAGAAAAGGAGAUGUUGGCGCGCACAACGGGAAUGAGCCCGAAGCAGGUUUCAAACUGGUUCAUCAAUGCAAGGGUGCGCAUCUGGCAGCCUCUCGUGAAAGAUCUUGCCCGGGAGCUGCAGGGCUGCGAAGAUGAAGAUGAAAUUCGAUGA